AUGUUGGAAGCUGCAAUCAAUGGGAGUUCCAAUAUAUUCAGCUUCCACGAAUGUGAUAGGAGAAUAGUCUGGCUGGGUGUGAACGACAAAUUCAACCAGCUCAUCAUAUCCACUGAAGAAGGAAGAUUUGACGACUUACGGGAAGAAGGCCAAAGCCAUUUUCUCUACACCUUAACCUCGUCUGAUCAUUAUGAUGUAAAAUUUGUCGAACUUCUUUCAGACGUGAGAGAAGAUGAUGCCCUGACUUUGGUGAGCACCAUUGAAUUGAAAAACGAGAAUCACACAAGAUUCUUCUCGUUUCUCACCUGGUAUGGUGACGACUUAGUGGCAGUCGCACAUUCCGAACGCGAUAAUAUUGUGAAGAUUGACGGAAAAACUGGAAAGAUCAAUAUUUUCGUCGUUCGAGAGAUUAAGCAGUUAAUUGAUAAGCUGAAAUAUGUGGAAGCUCUGAAAGAGAUGAAAAAGCAUCGCAUCGAUAUGAAUAUGCUUGUGGACUACAAGCCAGAUGUAUUUUUGGAACAUAUGGGCGAUCUCAUCCAUUCAGCUAAAGAUCCGGAUCUCAUCAAUCUUCUUAUUGCAGCUCUGAAUAAUAGCUGCAGUGAAUGGUGUGACGGGCCAGUGAUAAGCAAUAAGGUAAAUCGCAUCACUGACCUUCUAGCUAAUGAAGUGCUGUCCUUACCAUCUGAUCGUCGUAUGCAAAUGUUUGUUGUGGCAUUGUCAGCAUUGUUAAAAUCAACACCUCAGCGAGUUCAGGAAGCACUUCGGCUUGUUAGGGAGAAUACAAAUGAACUUCCAAUCGAAAAAAGAGAAAUUUAUUCACGAAAAUGGCUUCACCACGUUGGAUUUUUUGUAAAAGAAGCGGAACUAUUUGAUGCUGCACUGUCUACAUACGAUCUCCACCUUACCGCACAGGUAGCAGAAGCGUCAAAUCGUGAUCCCAAGGAGUACAUUCCGCUAUUGAACGAGCUGCGAAAAGUCGAACCAGAAUGCUAUCGAAAGUACCGCAUAGACAUGGUUCGAGAAGACUGGCGA